AUGAGAAGAUCAUCAUUUCUUGGAAGCUUAAAAGACAAGUUUCGCACAGCUUUAGACGGGGAGUCUGAGAAGAGCGAAUCCAAGAAUUCACUCGCUCCAAACAAUCCGUUUGCAGACCCUGAUGACGCACCUCCUGCAUACUCUGCUGUUGCGAGCAGCAGCAGUGCGCCGCCGUCUCAAAUCACCAGCAGCGACGAUAAAUACGCCUUUCUAGCGUCCUUUGAUACAAUCUUCCUCAUUGACGACUCUGGCUCCAUGCAUGGCUCCAAGUGGCAAGAGGUGGCAGCCGUCCUGCUCAAAAUCACGGACAUUUGCACUGCUCGCGACAAGGACGGCAUUGAUUUAUAUUUUCUGAACCACAGAUCAGGAGAAUUCCCCACGGACGCGGGCAAGCCCGCGGGCGGUUACUACGGCAUUGACACUCCAGAGAAGGUUCAUAUGGCCUUUCAGAGAGCCUCCCCCAGAGGCGGCACGCCUACUGGCCAGAGGCUAGAAGACAUUCUUGAUCCGUACAUUGCGAGACUUAACACCAGCAAACCUCUGCCCGAAGAUGUCGAGAAGAUCAAGCCCAUUAACAUCAUCGUCAUCACGGACGGCAGUCCAACAGACGACCCUGAGAGAGUCAUCUUACAUUACGCCAGGAAACUUGACAUGUUCAACGCGCCGUCGCACCAAGUCGGUAUACAGUUCUUCCAGAUUGGAGACGAGAAGAGCGCCGCGCAGGCGCUAAAAGACUUGGAUGACGAGCUGGUUAAGCAGAAGGUCAGAGACAUGGUGGACACGGUAACCUGGGACGGCAAGUCUUCCAAUAGAAGAAAGAACCUUACCGCCGAGGGUAUUCUAAAGGUUGUUCUGGGAGCGGUUGUUCGCCGCCUGGACAGGAGAGACAUUCAAGAAACUCGUUGA